GGGGAGGCGCUCCCAGUUCCUCUCAAAAACUGCGAGCCCACUGGGAACUCCUGGAUCUGUUCAGCUCCCGCGGAGAUCCUAAAAGCUUGCACCGCAAUCCCGAGCGGAGGAUCACUAGGGAAAAGCGGGUUUCCGUCCGCUCCUCCCUCCCCCGAGCACUUUCCCGCCCUCCAGGCCCCACUCACCAGAUGACCAUGGCCUCACUGCCAUCUCAGGGCUCCUGGGUCCCUGACUUACAAUCUGGGCUGCCAUCGCCAUCCUCACCUCCGGUCAACCACAGCGCAGAGCCCGCAGCGGGCAAUGGGUCAGCAGGUGGCGCAGGCGCUCAGGCCGUCCCUCCCUUCCAGGGCCUGCAGCUGGUUCAUCAGCUGAAGGGGCUGAUUGUGCUGCUCUACAGCAUCGUGGUGGUCGUGGGGCUGGUGGGCAACUGCCUACUGGUACUGGUGAUCGCGCGGGUGCGUCGGCUGCACAACGUGACCAACUUCCUCAUCGGCAACCUGGCCUUGUCCGACGUGCUCAUGUGUGCCGCCUGCGUGCCGCUCACGCUGGCCUAUGCCUUCGAGCCACGCGGCUGGGUGUUCGGCGGCGGUCUGUGCCACCUGGUCUUCUUCCUGCAGCCUGUCACCGUGUACGUGUCCGUGUUCACGCUCACCACCAUCGCGGUGGACCGCUAUGUCGUGCUGGUGCACCCGCUGCGCCGGCGCAUUUCCCUGCGCCUCAGCGCCUACGCGGUGCUGGCCAUCUGGGCGCUGUCCGCGGUGCUGGCGCUGCCUGCCGCCCUGCACACGUACCACAUCGAACUCAAGCCACAUCGCGUGCGCCUCUGCGAGGAAUUUUGGGGGUCCCAGGAACGCCAGCGCCAGCUCUACGCUUGGGGGCUGCUGCUUGUCACCUACCUGCUCCCCCUGCUGGUCAUCCUCCUGUCUUACGUCCGGGUGUCGGUGAAGCUCCGGAACCGCGUGGUGCCAGGCUGCGUGACCCAGAGCCAGGCUGACUGGGAUCGCGCGCGUCGCCGUCGCACCUUCUGCCUGCUGGUGGUGGUCGUGGUGGUGUUCGCCGUCUGCUGGCUGCCGCUACACGUCUUCAACCUGCUGCGGGACCUCGACCCCAGCGCAAUCGACCCCUAUGCCUUCGGGCUAGUGCAGCUGCUCUGCCACUGGCUAGCCAUGAGCUCUGCCUGCUACAACCCUUUCAUCUACGCCUGGUUGCACGACAGCUUCCGCGAGGAGCUGCGCAAGCUGUUGCUCACCUGGCCUAGCAAGAUCGUGCUGCCCCGCCAGAGCACGACAGUCAGUGUGGUCAUCUGAUGC